UUUCUUUCCCAUGUAACUAGCCGUCCGAAUCCGAUGAACCUCCACCAUGCCCACCGCAAAUAAAACGCCUUUCCGACGGCCCUGAUUUGACUCCUGCAGAAGCCACAGUGUACGCGUGAGUUUUCUCCGCAAUAAAAACAGAGAAUCACUUUCACGUACCUUAUUCCCGUUCCUCCUUUGCACAGAAUCUCUAGAAACCAUUUGUUUCUCUUCUUCCCUUCUUCUAAGAGCUAAUUACUGGGAUUCGAUCGCUGCUUCGCUUUGUUGUAUCUUUGCUCGUGCGGUUAUCAAUCUCAAGAACCCAAAUCAGUCCAGAAUUUCUCUGGAGAACUCUCGUAGCUAUGCCCACAAACGAUGGCUUCUCUGGUGUAUCCAAUUGCUAUGUGUUUAAGAGCCGUUUACAAGAGUAUGCACAAAAAAAGGGACUGCCAACCCCUGUGUAUGAGACAAUCAAGGAAGGCCCUUCACACGAGCCUUCCUUCAGGUCAACAGUGAUUGUCAAAGAUGUUAGAUAUGAUUCUUUGCCUGGUUUUUUCAAUAGGAAGGCUGCAGAGCAGUCAGCUGCAGAGGUUGCUCUAUUGGAGUUGGCUAAAUCUGAUGAAGUCAAUGAAUGCAUUUCCCAGCCUGUUCAUGAAACAGGACUUUGCAAAAACUUGCUUCAGGAAUAUGCACAGAAGAUGAAUUAUGCGAUUCCAGUGUACCAGUGUCAAAAGAAUGAGACACCUGGUCGAACUACACAUUUUAAAUGUACUGUUGAGAUUGGGGGGAUCCAGUACAUUGGAGCUUCAGCAAAGACAAAAAAAGAAGCAGAGAUCAAAGCUGCUAGGACUGCUUUGUUAGCUAUACAGUCAAGUGCUUCUGACUCAUCUCAUAAAUCAAUUGGCAACCAUCAGUUAACAGUAAUUCCAUUCAGAAAGAGGGGAGCAGAAACGGCAAGCGUCCUAGAGGAGGUUGCAAAUGUUCCCAAGGCGAAGAAGAGUCGAUUCAAGAAGAAAAUGUUGAAAAAGAAAUUCUCUGGCGACAAAGUAGAUCAUAAUCAAGGUGAAAGUGUAGGUAAUUUGGAUGUUACCAUGGAUGGCCAAUCAGGAUCAGGUUCGGGAUCAGGGUCUGAGUCAGAUAAGACUGAUGCAUCUGGAGUCCAAGGGACAGCUCAUUGUCUGUUACCAACAAUUGAUGUGAGGAAUUUGGAAGAUGGGAGAUUAGUUUCUGACUCAAGUGGGGGGAGUGCAGCUGAUGAUGUGGCAGGUGCAUUGACUUGCCAUAUCUCUGGUGAUUUUGAAAGUGGAUUGUCAGCAACUGUGGAUUUUACUGAAAGUAACCAUGGGAUGUCCACCGGAAUAUCUGCAGCCUCUAAUGGUGAUGCAACUAAGGUGUCUGGACUUACCCUUGCUUAGUAGGGCCAGCUUAUAUCCAUUGGCAUAGAGAAUCAGAGGCAGGUGCAUGCCGAAUAUAGGACUUAAUAGGCUAGAUGGGGGGUUUAAUUGCUUGGUGUUGUUUUAUAAUUGGGAAAGUAGCGCACUAGAGGGGUAGAAACAAUUGACAUUAUAUUUAUAUAAUAUAUGGACAUUCUGAGAAUUUGACGUCCGCUGGUUGAUUAGGACGUCUUAGAAUUUUUGUUUAGGGGUUAGUGUCUAUUACAGUAUGAGGUGCUGUUUCCAAUGUUCUAGUGGUGUUGGUUUGCAUUUUUAUGGGUCUCCCCUAUACGGGAGAAAGUAUUUACUAUGAGAAUGUUUGCAUUGAACUAAUGAGAUUGGCUUCUUUGCAA